AUGCCUUUAUAUAAAGAGGAUAACUUCCUUAUAAUUAGUCCCGGUUCACAAUCUACAUACUUUACAUUUGGAUUGAAAGAUUCACUAGCACCACCUCAAUUUACAAUACCGACAGUAGUAUAUCAAGAUCAAGAAUCAAAACAAUACUUAUCUACAGCUUCUGAAAACACAAUACCUAUUUAUCCAAUUAAGGAAUCAAAAAUUGUUGACUUGGAUGCUUUCAACGCUUUAAUCAGGAUUAUUUUAUCAAGUAUCAUACAACAACAUCCAAUUAUCACAAUAACAUCAAUUCCAUUAUUAAUAAUUGCACCAACAUUAACAUGGUCAAGAAAACAAUUAGAAUAUAUAACGAAAUUUGUAUUUGAAAGUUUAGAACUAACAGCUUUUAAUAUUUUAGAUUUAAGUCUUGGAUCAAUUUUUAGUUUUGCAGGAAUAGUAAACUCUGUUGUUGUUUAUGCAAGUGAAGAUAGUAUUCAAAUUGUACCAGUGAUAGGUUAUCAAAGUAUAAAAUUUGCAAGUAAAUACAUUGCUGGAUCAGGUGGUAAUAUCAUAACUGAGGAGCUUAAAAUCAAAUUUCCAAAAUACAGUGAUGAACAAAUUGAAGAAUUAAGAAGUAGUGGAAUAUAUGAAAUUUUAUUAGAAGGUGAAGAGUCAAUUGGUGAAAUGGAUGUUGAUAUGGAAGAUGAUGGAGAUGAACUUGAUGUAGCAAAAUUAGUUGCAGAACAAGAAGGUCAAGGAGAUGAAAAUCAACCAACAAAAUCAAAUAAAGAAUUAGAUAAAAAUUAUUUUAUUGAUCCAUCAAACCAAGAAAAAAUAUGGUUAGGUAAAGAAAGAUUUACUACGGAUUCAAAAUUGAUUGAUAUAAUUGCUUCAGGAAUAUAUGAAACUCUUUUCAAAGUUCCUGAUCUCGAAAAAAGACAAGAUUGUUAUGAUAAUAUAAUAUUAGUUGGCUCAAUAUUCCAAAUUCCAGGUUUAAAACAAAAAAUUAUUAGUAAAUUAAUUAAUAAAUAUUUGGUAAGAGAACCAUCAGCUAAUGGAGCAUCAACAAAACAAGGGGUAGGAGCUACAUUAGCUUUGUAUCAGCAAAUAGAUGAAUCACAAAUUGAUGGAGAAACUCAAUCAAGUAUAAAUCAAGUUCCAUAUAGUAUAAAAUUAGCAAAACUACCUGAUUAUUUUCCCGAAUGGAAAAAACCAAAAAAUAAAUUAGGUUCAUGGCAUGAUUGUUUCUUUCUUGGUGGUGAAAUUUAUGCAAAACAAAUUUUUUCAGGUAGUUUACAUCAUCAUAAUAAAGAAUUAUUUGUUAGUUCAGAAAUGUAUGAAGAAAGAGGUCCACAAAGUAUAUGGGAUGUUAGUAUUUGA